AGACUGCGCGUCCUCCUCUGAGCGCCGCAUCUCGGAGUUGCAGGAUAAAAAAUGUCAGUGCUCACUUCUCCAAGAGGAAAGGUAGAAGUGGUUCAUUGCCGAAGAACAGAAUCACAGGAUAUUUAUUGUAUCAAAAACCUCAUUAGGAAAUUUACCCAGAAGCUGUUUGGGAGGCUUAAUAUCACCUAUCUUCUAGAAAAAGCAAACCUUGCUAUUACCCUCUGCAAUGACAAGGAGGAGAUCAUGGCCCAGGCUACCUUUGUGGACUAUCCCAACUGGAACGUCUCCAAUCAGGAUGACUGGGUGUCGGUGUUCCAGGAGCUCGAUGGAGAAAUCCCAUGCACGCCUCUGAACACGUUGUUCAUGCACCUCUUUGUGGCCGUGGAUGAGUAUUCUGUUGGCUGCUGCAAAGAGAUUAUUCGGGCUGUGUUUAAGGCUGUGCCAGAACUGCACUUCAUAUUUCUCAUAGUGCCAUCCUACAUGAGCCUAGGCUCGACUCUCAUAACAGUGUUUGAACAAGUGGGGAGCAUUCCGAGUCUGACGUAUGAUGAGGACUUUGCCGUGCACAUAUGUCACAGGGACAGUCAUUACCCUCAGUUGCACAUUCGCAAAGCCAGGGUAGAAGAUCAUGAUGAUCUCAUGCCGAUAUUUUUGCGCCAUGACACCGUUCUGAAGGAAACUUACGGCGAGUACUUCCUGGCUGAACUAAUCGAAGCCCAAGAUGAAGAGAAUCACGCUGUCGUGUGUGAGGUGGAAGGUGUAGCUGUCGGGUUCAUGAGUGUGUGCUCAAGAGUGAACAUGCAGCUCCUGCACGAAUGCUUUGACUUGGGGCCCUUCCAUGGACUCUGCGUCCCACACCCUGAUGAUGUUCUGCAACCACUUUCAGAUAUAAGCCUUGAAGGAACUCAAGAUGCUGAGCUCAGUAGCAGCAGCCACAGUUUUCCGAAAAUAGUGAAGGAGCGACAGCAGCAUGUCAUUCCAGAGGCUAUGGAAAGCAUUCAGGGGAAAAUCAUGGAAGAAAUCCCAGCUGAGGAGCGUUUAUCAACAGUCCAAAGCGGAAAUGGGAGUGAAGUGGAGGACAGAGAAAAAUUCAGUCAGGAGUCCACUGUGGGGGAUACAGAUUACUACAUCAGCAGUUUGAGCUUGCUGCCUGAGGAGACCAGCUCCUUCCGCCCCAUCUACAAGGGAGCCUCAACCGCUUUUUGUAUUCAGCUCUUUUGUAUUGAGGAGAAGUAUGAAGCCAGGUCACUGGACUUUAUGAAUUUUGUCUUCAGUCUUUUUCCUGACAAGAGCUUCUGCAUCAUUUCCCUGCCACACCUCACCCCCGAGUUUGUCCUCAUCCAGAACUUCGUGAAGAUUGUCCCCUUCAACAACUGCACCCUGGGGCACGAUCUCUAUGUCUUCCAUCGGGCUGGCUUGCUCAAGUCUAUUAAAAUAAGAUUUGCCACUUUGUUGGAUACUCCUGGUAUUGAAAAUCUUGUUAGCACUCUCAUGCUGAAUAAAAGUAUAUUGGAGGAUUUGAAGCAAUACAGUGAGGCUCGCAGAGAUCCUGAUGGAACACCACUGAAGGCAUUUGUAGCUGAAGUUGCAGAACAAAUAGUGGGCAUUGCAGUGAUCAGAGAUGAAAUGGAUAUAGAGUACAUACGCUCCCAUUACAACAUUGAAGAUUUCAUCUACUUCAGUUACCACCAACAGGAAGAACAUGGGCACCUGUAUCACUUCGCCCUGAACCCUAUUUUUCAGCAUUACACCAAGUUUUUCCUGAAGGAGAUCCUCCGUUUAGGCUUUAAGUCCUGUCUCUACUAUCCUGUUUACCCACAGUCCAGGGAAGACAAGUUCCAGAGCUCCUAUGCCCACUCCCUGACAUCCGCCCUUCAUUACUUGGUUCCCGUGCGGCCGCGACGACAGAUUGUCUAUCCUCUGGAAAAGCUUGGCAUCAACGCUCCAUCAAAGGCGGUCUCCAAGGACGCGUUGGGUUAUGCCUUGAACCAUACAAACAGAAAACUAACAUUGGAACCUAAAAUAACUGUCAAUGCCAAGAUUGUUGUGGUUGGUGCAUCCAGUGUUGGAAUUUCCUUCCUAGAGACACUGGUAUUUUGCUCUCACCUGAAGUUUAGUAAUCUUACCCUGAUUUCAACCCAUGGACUCCCUGGAAAAAACCUGGGCACUGAAAAAAGGAAGUUUUUAGCAAGCGACCACUGUUUUAAUGAUAAAGAUUAUGCGUUGAUGUCACUGUGCUCCUGGGUCAAUGUGGUGGUUGGUAGAAUGACUGCCAUAGACCGAGCGGCCAAGCACGUGGUGGUUUCCAAAGAGGAAAUCGUGCUCUACGACCACCUCAUCCUCUGCACCGGACAGCAGUACCAGGUCCCAUGCCCUACAGGGGCUGAUAUCAGUCAACACCCGACAAACAGAGAGAUUCCAAGCAGUGGGAAACAGAGAUACACUGAUCAAGUUCCUGGCAAUCAUUUCAUUCUUAACGAUGAAGAAGAUUGCUGGAAGGCACUGAGUUGGAUAAGGAACAACUCUAUCCUCACAGAAGGGAACGUCAUUGUCUAUGGGAAUACAAUUGACACUUACACCACAGUGGAGACUCUCUUAAACAUUGGUGUGAGGGGCUCCUACAUCCACCUGGUGCAGCCCCCGCCCGCCUCCACCGUCACCUGCAUUAACAACUACGCUGUGGAAAGCGCGGUGGAGCACGCGCUCAGAGCCGCGGGGGUUGCCAUUUACCGCGACGCGCUCCUGGCUCAGUGGAAUGACGGCCAGUUCCCAGACCCCAUCCGAAGCGCCUGCUUCACCACGCCCACCAAGCCUUUCCGACUCCCGUGCUCCAUGUUCUUUAGCUUCUGUGAGAAGAACGUGGAUUAUGAAACAUUUAAAGCUCUCAAUGAUGCAUGUCUUGUCUACGAUGGCCGACUUGUGAUUGAUGCUAACUUCCACACCAACGACAUAGCCAUCAGGGCUGCUGGCUCCCUCACCAAAUUCUCCAAUAAAUAUUACUCAGAUGAGUGGACUUACAGCAGCUUUAAUUCCAAAGAAAUUGGCUUCCAGCUGGCAGCAGCCAUGCUCAAUCUUUUUGACCCAACCCUUGAGCCUGUGAUUGAGCCACCAGCUGAUCUUGACCAACUCAUUCCCAUGUACAAGGGAGCCAAGAUCCAAGGAGGCAUUCUUCCUGGGUCUUACCAUUAUCUGCAUAUUACCAAACCUGCCAUUCCAACUCCCUUAGAGGUACAAAUGGCCCAGCCUAAUUUCGGUUCAGAAAUAGUAACAGGUGAUGCAAAAAAUGGGACUUACUUCCGAAUACAUGUUAACAAGUAUAGAAUGGUGGAGACCAUCACGUGCCUUUCUAAAGAGCCUUUCCCUGCUUCCAACUACAUCCGCUUGUUUGGUCAACAUGAGCAACUUCUCAACAACUUGUGUGCUCGGUAUGAUGACAAACUGAUCCCAGAUCUCUACAGCUACUUCAUGGAGCCAUGGUGCAUGGCCCUAUUUCACGAUCGUUUUAUUGAUCUAAGGAAAGAGUUACGCCAUAUCUUGACCUCCAAGGAGGAGGAAGACCUUCCUUCCAUAGAACAGUUAGUCCAUCAGAUAGAAGAUGAGGAAAUUAACCUGAAGGAGAAGCCCAGGAAAUACCUCAAAAGAGUUUUCCAGGAAAGCAUCUACAGAGGGCUAGUGGAGAAGAGCAUCCUUGACUACCUGCAGUAUAAUCGCUACCACCUGCCCAUGUAUGCUUGGCCAGGCAUCGUUUAGUGCGUGUCCAUGCUCUCCACUUUAUUGUUUUCACACAUGUAGUUCCUGGAAGUGCUUAGUAUAAAUGGGAAACCACUCUGAAACCUGGCUUGACAACCAACUGUAGUUUGCUAUGGCUCCAGUAGAUGGCGCAUGGCCGUGGGUCUCUAUUCUGGGGCAGAGUAUCAGUUCCAGCGAAGAAUAAUCCAUUUCAGCAAUAAAAUGAGAUGAACUGUA